UGGGGGGUUGCAUGGGGAAGGGGAACAGAAAGAGGAAAAGCCACCUGAUAACCUGCUUUUGUCGUGUUCCUUCCACUUGCAGAAAAAAAGGAGGGCAGCCACUGCCCGUCGGCAGCACCUGAAGAGUGCUAUGCUCCAACUUGCUGUCACUGAAAUAGAAAAAGAAGCAGCUGCUAAAGAAGUGGAAAAGCAAAACUACCUGGCAGAGCAUUGCCCUCCUCUGUCUCUCCCAGGAUCCAUGCAGGAACUUCAGGAUCUGUGCAGAAAGCUUCAUGCCAAGAUAGAGUCAGUGGAUGAGGAGAGGUAUGACAUAGAGGUGAAGCUACAGAAGACUAACAAGGAGCUGGAAGACUUGAGCCUGAAGCUCUUUGACCUGAAGGGCAAGUUCAAGAGGCCGCCCCUGCGCAGGGUGCGCAUGUCUGCUGAUGCGAUGCUGCGGGCCCUGCUGGGCUCCAAGCACAAAGUCUGCAUGGAUCUCCGAGCCAACCUGAAGCAAGUCAAGAAGGAAGACACUGAGAAGGAGAAGGACCUCCGUGAUGUUGGUGACUGGAGGAAGAACAUUGAGGAGAAGUCCGGCAUGGAGGGCAGGAAGAAGAUGUUCGAGACUGGCGAGUCCUAAGCACCUGCAUCACCCGUCCUCUCCUCCCUCCUGUCCCGGCUGUCCCCCUAGGUUCAGGGGCACCUGCUAGGUGCCAUUUCUCUCUGAUUUUGGAAGAGCUGCAUCCUGGCAGCAGUGGUGUAAAUAAAGCUUUGGUGGGAGA